AUGUUUGUACAUGUGCAUUUCGUGAAAACAAGUCCUUUACCACUAAAAGCAAAGGUUUUGGAGGGGGGCGGGCGCAGAACUAGCGGUCGUGAGGGGCGCGCGUCCGCUGAGCUGGGCGGUCUUGCGCCUGUUGUAGAGACGUUCUGGGGCAGUGGCGGGGCGCGUGGUUGGAGGGGCCUGGGCGCAGCCUGUGCGGCGGCAGCGGCGGUGCGGGCGGCGGCGGCCGGCGGAGGCGAGGCGGCUUCGGCGCCGGCGCCGCGUCCACCCCGCUCGCGCACGCCCGGCGCCUGCCGUGCGCGCCCGCCCCGCCCCGCUCCUGCGCCGCGCUCCGGCGCCCGCCUCGCGGUUGGAACGUUUCUUUACACGGUGGGAGAUGUUCAAAUAUCACUUGCAGCGAUGCCUCCUUUAAAACAGAAUGAAUCGACGCCCGGGCUGGUGGAGUCGCGCGGCCGCGUGCCGCUGGAGGACAUAGUGGGUGCCGCCGGAGCUGCUGCCGCCGCUGGGGGCGUGGCGGGCGCGGGCGCGGGGCGGGCCGCCGCCCAUACGCGCUGCGCCUCGCGCCGCCUCCCUCAUCAGCCCCGCCGCGCCCCGGCCCCGCCAGGGGCGUCGCGGUGGCGGUCCCGCUUCGGGCGCCGUCCAGCCGACUCGUCGGACGAGGAGCGGGCGCGGUGCAGCGCGCCCGGGCCGCCGCCGCCGCCCCGCCGCCGUGCCGCCGCCGCCGCGUCGACCGACCCCGCCCUCGCGCCUCGCUCACUCUUUCGAGCUGGAAAGAGGCAAGUGGGGGGCCAUAAUUGUAUAAUCAGUUCUAAUGCGGGUAAACAGUUGUAUGUCAGAGUUUUAGCUGAAAGAGAGGACCAGUCAUCUACGAAAGUAACAGAUGAAACUAAGUUGGAAGAGUAA